AUGGCGCUCCCCCGCGGCCUCCUCCUCGCCGCCGCAUUGUCGCUGCUCCUCCUCGCCGGCGCAGACGCGGGCACGGUGGGCGUGAACUGGGGCCGCGUCGCGAACGACCUCCCCACCCCAUCCGCAGUCGUCCAGCUCCUGAAGCAGCACGGCAUCGCCCAAGUCAAGCUCUACGACACCGAGCCCACAGUCCUCCGCGCGCUCGCCAACAGCGGCGUCAAGGUCGUCGUCGCGCUCCCCAACGAGCAGCUCGCCGCCGCCGCCAAGCGCCCCUCCUACGCCCUCGCGUGGGUGCGCCGCAACGUGGCGGCCUACUACCCAUCAACCCAGAUCCAGGCCAUCGCGGUCGGCAACGAGGUCUUCGCCACCGCCCCCAACGCCACCGCCCAGCUCGUCCCCGCCAUGCGCAACAUCCAGGCCGCCCUCGCGCGGCUCAACAUCGACAAGGCCGUCAAGGUGUCCUCCCCCAUCGCGCUCACCGCGCUGGCCAACUCCUACCCUCCCUCCGCCGGCGUGUUCCGGGAGGAGCUGGCCCAGCCGGUCAUGAAGCCGAUGCUGGAGUUUCUCGCGCAGACGGGGUCGUACCUCAUGGUGAACGCGUACCCGUUCUUCGCCUACGCGGACAACGCGGGCGUCGUGUCGCUCGACUACGCGCUCUUCCGCCCCAACGCCGGCGUGCUCGACCCCGGCACCGGGCUCAAGUACUACAGCCUGCUCGACGCGCAGCUCGACGCCGUCUUUUCCGCCGUCGCGAAGCUCGGCGGGAGCUACAGCGGCGUGCGCGUGGUGGUGUCGGAGACCGGGUGGCCGUCGAAGGGGGAUGCGAAGGAGGUCGGCGCCGGCGCGGGCAACGCGGCGGCGUACAACGGGAACCUGGUGCGGCGCGUGCUGUCCGGGAACGCCGGCACGCCGCGCCGGCCCGACGCGGACGUGGACGUCUACCUCUUCGCGCUCUUCAACGAGAACCAGAAGCCCGGGCCGGCCUCGGAGCGCAACUACGGGGUUUUCUACCCCAACCAGAAGCAGGUCUACGACGUCCAGUUCGUCCUCGGCGGGAAGUCCGUCGGCAACGGCGGCGGCGGCGGGCUCGGGUGGCAGGACAACGGCGCCCCGAACACGAGCGGGGGCGGCGGCGGGGUGAAGGCGGUGGCGUCGCCGGGGUCGGCGUGGUGCGUGGCGAACGCGAUGGCCGGGGAGUCGCGGCUGAAGGCGGCGCUGGACUACGCGUGCGGGCCCGGCGGCGCGGACUGCCGUGGCAUCCAGCCCGGAGCGGCGUGCUUCGAGCCGAACACCAUGGUGUCGCACGCGUCGUACGCCUUCAACGACUACUACCAGCGCAAGGGCCGCUCCAUCGGCACCUGCGACUUCGCCGGCGCCGCCUACGUCGUCAACCAGGCACCGUCAAAGAUGGGCAAGUGCGAGCUCCCCUCCACUGUCUGAACUGGAACGACGCUUUCUUCUCAGGGAUGGAAAACCAGUGAGAGACCCAGGACCAGACGAUCUGCAUCUGGGUUAACCAAAAUAUCUAUGGCAGGAAAAGAGGGAGGGAAGGGAUGUUGGAAUCUCGGCUCGCUUUCUCACUUUCUUUACCAGCAUUGCUUGACUACUGCAGCAUGUUUGCUGCAUCGAUAGCAGUAUAGUAGUACGGAGUAGUAAGAACCAAGUACUGUAGCUAAUAUAGCUAGCUGUGCGUCUUUUGCAGCUUUGGGGAACGGGUCAUACCUUUGUUUAAUUGGGCUCUGUAACUAUGAUGCUAUUAAUCACUACUAUAAGCUUCACUUAGUACUAA